AUGUCCCUCAAUAUCCCUCAGGCCCCUAACUCGGGUCUUUUCAAGCAGGGCUACAACAACUACGACUCCGAAGAUGGCGCCGUUCUACGCAACAUCGACGCCUGCCGCGCCAUUGCCCAGACUGUCCAGACCUCGCUGGGCCCGUACGGCCGCAACAAGGUCGUCAUCAACCACCUGCAAAAGAUGAUCCUCACCUCCGACGCUGCUACGAUCCUCCGCGAGCUCGAUGUUGUCCACCCAGCCGCUAAGCUUCUCGUUAUGGCCUCCCAGCAGCAGGAGGCCGAAAUGGGUGACGCUACAAAUUUCGUCAUCAUCCUCGCCGGCGAGCUGCUCCGCAAGGCCGAGGACCUGCUGCGCAUGGGUCUCAAGACAGCGGACAUUGUUCUGGGCUACGAAAAGGCUCAAAAGUUUGCCCUUGACACACUAGAGAAGUUAGCUGUCGACAAGGUCGAGAGCCUUCGCGACCAGGAGGAGCUCACCAAGGCUCUGCGCACCGUCAUUGCCAGCAAGCAAAACGGCAACGAAGAUACCCUGGCCGACCUUGUCGCCGAGGCUGUUCUCGCUGUUCUGCCCAAAAACCCGGCCAACUUCAACGUCGACAACAUCCGCGUUGUCAAGAUUAUGGGUGGCAGCCUGGAACAGAGCCGUGUCGUCCGCGGCAUGGUCUUCCCUAAGGAGCCUCACGGCUCCAUCAAGAAGGCUCGUCGCUCCAAGGUCGCCGUUUACACCUGCCCCAUCGAUACCAGCCAGACUGAGACCAAGGGUACCGUUCUGUUGCACAACGCCAAGGAGAUGAUGGACUUCACCAAGGGCGAGGAAAACCAGCUCGAGACGGCCAUCAAGGAGCUUUACGAUGCCGGUGUCCGUGUCGUCGUCUGCGGCGACCGCAUUGGCGAUCUCGCCCUCCACUACCUCAACAGAUUCGGCAUCCUUGCCAUUAAGAUUCUCUCCAAGUUUGACCUCCGCAGAAUAUGCCGUGUCGUCGGCGCCACGCCCCUGGCCCGUCUGGGUGCCCCCAUGCCUGACGAAAUGGGCAACAUUGACAUUGUCGAGACUAUGGAAAUUGGCGGUGACCGCGUUACCGUCUUCCGCCAGGAGGAUGAGGUUACCCGCACGGCUACUCUCGUUCUUCGCGGUGCCACCCAGAACCACCUCGACGACAUUGAGCGUGCCGUCGAUGAUGGCGUCAAUGUCGUCAAGGCUAUCACUAAGGAUCCUCGCUUGGUUCCCGGUGCCGGUGCUACCGAGAUUCAACUGAGCACCAAGAUCCAGGCGCAUGGUGACAAGACUCCCGGCCUUAGCCAGUACGCCAUCAAGAAAUAUGGUGAGGCCUUUGAGGUCAUCCCCCGCACAAUUGCUGAGAGCUGCGGUCUCGACGCGACCGAGGUGCUUUCCAGAUUAUAUGCCGCCCACCACAAGGAAGAGGAUGGCGACACUGGCGUCGAUGUCGAAAACUCCAACGGCACUGGUAUUCUUGACGCACAGGAGGACUGCAUCCUCGAUCUGCUAGCCUCCAAGUAUUGGGCCAUUAAGCUCGCCACUGAGGCUGCCCGCACAGUUCUGUCUGUGGAUCAGAUCAUUGUCGCUCGCCAAGCAGGUGGCCCGAAGCCCCCAGGCCCUAACCCCAACUGGGAUGAGGACUAA